AUGCCCUUAUCUAUCCCAUCAUUUGGCCUUUCCACAGCCUCGCGGGCCCUCGGAUUUACCCUCUUCUUAAAGUUACUGGACUCUGGAAACCCAUUUCUAGCCCGUGGGCCGCAAGUCGAGCGCAAGAAAGUUGCUCUGUGUCAAAACCGCUGGACUGCCACGGCACGCUGCCUGAUUCACGUCGUGCCUAGCGUUCUUUCCCUAACAAUCGUGAUCCUGAAUCUAAAAGGAUACUACAUCGGCGACGAACUCGCAGGACCCUCCGGUCACGACUCGCAAAAGCUCGGCGCGCUUCAGUUCGCAGCCAAGCUGCAUGAGUUGACCAUCCACGCUUCCAUUGCGGCCAUGGUCCUGUCGUACCUAAGGUAUGAGCUGGCUCUGGGAAAGGGCCUGCCUUUCGGAGCGGUGCUCGCUGGUAAUCAGUUUAGGGAUCUGAGCUUCCUCUGGUCCAUCGAGCUUUGGGGAGCUCUGUCCUCAUGGAGAGUGCCACACACAUGGAUCCGAAGGACUGUAAUGGCGGUUAUCCUGAUCCUGGCCACACUAAUAGCAGCCGCCGCCGGGCCAGUAAGCGCUAUUGCAAUCAUCCCACGACUGGGGCUGUGGCCAGCUUGCGGAACGCGGUUCUGGCUCAACUCGUCCAACGAUGCUCUCUGGCCGGCUGAAGUGAAUGCAUCACACUUUGAUUCCGCUCAGUGCUCUCAGGCAGAUACUGAGCCCGACUUCGGCUGUCCCGAUGGCGGUUUACAAUCUAUCAAAGCUUUCAGCACCACGCUCCGCAGACGAGGCUGGGAUUGGGUUCCCGCGCGAAGCCUUACAGUCUAUGGACGUCAUGGGACACGAAGCAUGAACAUCACGCUGAAGCUAGGACGUAAUACUGAUCGUGUCACUACCGCUUUUGUACCACCCCUUGCCGCCGUCGAUGCAUUCACAGAGGCCAGUACUUGGUGGCCAUCAGCGGCUCAAUACGCCUUUAAAAGAGGUGGACCACGAUACUGGCUGGCUCGAAAAGCGUACAUUGAAGCGAGCGCUACUGCGCCGGUAACACGAGUGCGGUGUUCAUCCCUUAUGUCCACUACGGGUGGUUCGGGACAGAGCAUUUACUUCCCGUUGCUCAAUCCUUUGGAGGAUGUGCUUACUAGCACGAGCUAUACGGAUGACCAGAUUUGGAAUGAUGCAGCUAUGGAGAUUUCGAGUGGCCGUGAGCUGAGCAAGGUGUUUUGGACGCCCUUGCCAAACACUGAUUUCAAAAACUCUACUAUGGGAGCGGUUGUUGUUCUGCCUUUUGAGCCGAAUGCUUCCGCGAUUACCUAUACGACUUGCAACGUCGACGCUCGAUGGGCUGCCACCCGUAUCUGGACUUUCAACUUCGAGAACACGUUCGGCUUACCUGAGGGGCUCCCAGACGUAAGGAAUCCGCUUGGUCGCUAUGAUGUUGACUGGUCGUGGCCGCACAUCUCGGUUGAUGUAGAGUGGGUCAACUACAUGUCCCGAAAGAUGUCACAGGCCAAUGAGACAGUCGACGCAUUUGCAGCCAUUGCAGCUGAUGCAGGCAUCACCGACACGCCGGAUCCCACCCAUCCUUGGGCGAUUGAAUCCAUUCUGGCCAUGAUGUUUACGGAUGCACUGGCUCGCGUGGGAAGUAACGCAACGCUUCAAGGGGAGCUCAAAGGACGCGGAAAACCCCGACUGGCUGACUGGGAAGACGGUCCUUGGGUUGACGAGUUCAUGCACUUUGGCGAUGCAUACGCCAUCGAUGCUCCGGCGAAUGCCGAGUGGUAUAGCUCACGACUCUCCGUCUCGGUGGUGGGAUACGCCUACUCGUCGGACGGAGCAACCAGCAAACUCGCCUGCAGUAUCCUCUUAUUCCAUGUUCUGCUCGCGUUCAUCCACACAAUCUACUCUCUGAAUUCUGGGCUCAGCUCCUCGAGCUGGGAUUCGGUCGCGGAACUUGUAGCGCUGGCUAUGAAUUCCACUCCUUCGGAUGCUUUGAGGAACACUUGCGCGGGGAUAGAGCUGCCAUCAACUAUGGGACUGCCGGUAAAGAUUGUCGAAUCAGCGCAAGCAGAAGAGCAUCUUGAGAUGCUUGUGGAGGUUCCGCGAGACGAGGAAACAGAUACCCUUGAGCUACUCAAUACCGGAAAGGUGGUGCACCGCUCUGUAACAGUAAAUAAGGAAUACGGUGUUCCUAAGGAUCUGUACACACAUUGA